GGUCAAAGCCACCAAACUUCAAGAAGAGGGGGCAGCAACAACAGACUGUAUCUCACAGCCACAGCCAAGAAAGAAAGAACUCUCCAACAAACAAGCCAGCAACUGCAACCAAAAACCUCCAUUUGGGACACAUAUCCUAUGCAGAAGAUAGCAUUCCAGCUGAGGAACAAGCUGAACAUUGGGCGCCUUGUUCACCAGGGGAAGUGCACAUCUGCCUCUCACCAGGCGAAGUUCGCUUCCCCUUCUGUCUUGGAGCUGAGAUGAUGGGGAGCAUGACCAGCCUCAGUGGGUCUUAUGCAGACUCUUUAGAAUCCCAGAUCUGCCAAGAUCUCCCUUGCUUUUCGGAGGAGGAGCAGGAGGAGGAGCAGGAGCAGCAGCUGCAUCACCAAAGCCAUACUGCAGACAGCAAUGGGGAGGUUCAACCUAUCGGCCAGGCAUGGGACGUCCUGGACACCAAAUGCCGGAGUAUAGAGGAGCUCAGGAUGGAGCUGAGAAGGGCGACGGAAGCCAUCCUGACUGCUGAGCCAGUAUCCCAGCCCCGCCAGCUGGAGGAUAGACACUGCCAUGGGGAGGAAGAGGAGGUGGAGGAGAAAGUAAAAGAAGAUGCAGAGUGGCAGGACGGGGACCAUCAGAACCACUAUGUGCACAUCUGCCUCUCACCAGGCGAAGUUCGCUUCCCCUUCUGUCUUGGAGCUGAGAUGAUGGGGAGCAUGACCAGCCUCAGUGGGUCUUAUGCAGACUCUUUAGAAUCCCAGAUCUGCCAAGAUCUCCCUUGCUUUUCGGAGGAGGAGCAGGAGGAGGAGCAGGAGCAGCAGCUGCAUCACCAAAGCCAUACUGCAGACAGCAAUGGGGAGGUUCAACCUAUCGGCCAGGCAUGGGACGUCCUGGACACCAAAUGCCGGAGUAUAGAGGAGCUCAGGAUGGAGCUGAGAAGGGCGACGGAAGCCAUCCUGACUGCUGAGCCAGUAUCCCAGCCCCGCCAGCUGGAGGAUAGACACUGCCAUGGGGAGGAAGAGGAGGUGGAGGAGAAAGUAAAAGAAGAUGCAGAGUGGCAGGACGGGGACCAUCAGAACCACUAUGUGCACAUCUGCCUCUCACCAGGCGAAGUUCGCUUCCCCUUCUGUCUUGGAGCUGAGAUGAUGGGGAGCAUGACCAGCCUCAGUGGGUCUUAUGCAGACUCUUUAGAAUCCCAGAUCUGCCAAGAUCUCCCUUGCUUUUCGGAGGAGGAGCAGGAGGAGGAGCAGGAGCAGCAGCUGCAUCACCAAAGCCAUACUGCAGACAGCAAUGGGGAGGUUCAACCUAUCGGCCAGGCAUGGGACGUCCUGGACACCAAAUGCCGGAGUAUAGAGGAGCUCAGGAUGGAGCUGAGAAGGGCGACGGAAGCCAUCCUGACUGCUGAGCCAGUAUCCCAGCCCCGCCAGCUGGAGGAUAGACACUGCCAUGGGGAGGAAGAGGAGGUGGAGGAGAAAGUAAAAGAAGAUGCAGAGUGGCAGGACGGGGACCAUCAGAACCACUAUGAUGUGCAGCAGCAAAGGCAAUGCCUGACAUCAGUGGAGGAGGGUGAGGGGCCAGCUCCAAGUCAGGAGGAGGAGCAGCAGGCCGCAGUGAGCGUGCAGCAGGAGGAGGCCACAGGGGGCACUGCAGAAGGUCAGGAGGAAUGGAGGCUGCACAUCCAGGCUUUGGAGGCGCGAGUGGAAGCCCUUGAGAAUGCUGGGCAUGCAGAGGGGACUGCCACCAUACAGGGCACAGUGGGGGCAGGCGGGGCAGCAGGUCAAGAGGAAUGGAGGAUGUGCUUCCAGGCGCUGGAGGCACGGAUGGCUGCCAUGGAAGAUGAUGUCGCAAGAAGGGUGAAGGAGGCCAUGGACCACCACUUUGAGGAGCCGGAGAAGAGUUUCUGUUAUGCCAAGGAAGAGGAGCCUCCAGAGACUGCAGGUCCCAGCCUUCCUGAGUGCGUGGAGGAGUUGUUGCAGCCGUACAUCAACAAAAUUGAGAGGCUGCAGAGGGAGAACACUGCCCUCAAAGAAAGGAUGUGCUGCUUUGAGGCGGCCCAUGGCCAAGUCGGGGAAUGAGAAAGUCCAGUGCACAUUGGACUUGUGCAAUGGUCCACUGCACACUCUUCCCAUGGUCUGGACUGACAGCACAGCCCAACAGCCUCAGGAGUGGACAGUAACUCGCAACUAAGCCCCCUUUGCCCUUGCCUCCCCUUGCCUCCCCUCUCAUUGUCUUAUACUGCUUUUUAUUGUUGUUUUUUUCAUUUUUAAUCUGGAUUUUAUUGUUUUAUACUCCCCUUUUAAUCUUUUCUGUGCAUUGUUAUAAUAGAAAUAAAAAUAUUUUAGUAGUUUUA